AGGAGCACUGUCUCAUCUCGUGCAAGUGUGCGCGCCUGCCAACUUCAAUUUCACACUCGCCCACUGUUCUUCGUAGGUUUUUUGCCCUCUUCACUUUUCCCCCAGUCAUGCUCCCCUGGGUUCUCCUGCUCCUGUGGAUCUCCGGACAUGGGGUAGAGACCAUGUUUUCCCAGCAGCCCCAAGACCUGGUGGUGGUGGCAGGGCAGCCGGUGACCUUACCAUGCUCUCUCUCCAGUUAUCACGGUGUUGUCCUGUGGAUCAAAGAUGGUCUUGCACUAGGGGUUGGCAGGGACCUUUCAGGCUAUCCUCGUUACACAGUGAUUGGGGACCACAGUUCAGGAGAGCAUCACUUGCGAAUCCAGCGAGUGGAGCUGACGGAUGAUGCUGUGUUUGAGUGCCAGGCUAUCCAGGCUGCCUUGAGGUCCCGCCCUGCCCGCCUCACUGUGCUGGUUCCCCCUGAGGACCCAGUGAUCAGUGGAGGGCCCGUGGUGAGCCUAAGAGCUGGCGACCCACUCAAUCUCACCUGUCAUGCCAACAACGCCAAGCCAGCAGCCUCGAUCGUCUGGAUCCGCAAUGGAGAGGUCCUAAAUGGGGCCAUGUACUCCAAGGUAAGCAUCGAGACAUUGCUUCGGGAUGGCAAGAGAGAAAGCACGGUGAGCACACUCUACCUGUCGCCGUCCAACAUUGAGACAGGCCAGCAGAUCAUCUGUAAGGCCUCCAACAAGGCGAUCCCCAACGGCAAACAGACCAGCGUCACAAUAGACAUCCAACAUCUUCCUCUUGUCAAUCUGUCAGUGGAGCCUCAGCCUAUUCUGGAGGGCAACCUCGUGAAAUUCCACUGCUCUGCGAAGGCCAACCCUCCGGUCACACUCUACAGGUGGGCCAAAGGAGGAAGUAUAAUCAAGGAGGUCUCUGGGGACACAUAUGAGGUUAUUGUGGACCACUCCUUCUUUACAGAGCCUGUUUCCUGUGAAGUCACCAACCCCCUUGGCAGCACAAACAUCAGCCGCAAUGUCGACGUCUACUUUGGUCCUCGCAUGGCUGCAGAGCCUCAGUCCUUACAGGUAGACCUGGGAUCUGAUGCUGUGUUCAACUGUGCCUGGACAGGAAACCCAUCCCUCACUAUAGUCUGGAUGAAGAGGGGAUCUGGAGUGGUUCUCAGCAAUGAGAACAUUCUGACGUUGAAAGCAGUGAGACAGGAGGAUGCUGGGAAAUAUGUGUGCCGUGCUGUGGUCCCACGAGUCGGCGCAGGGGAGAAGGAGGUUUCACUCACUGUCAAUGGGCCUCCCACCAUCUCUAGUACCCAGACUCAGCAAGCAUUACAUGGUGAAAAAGGACAGAUCAAAUGCUUCAUUCGAAGUACCCCGCCUCCAGACCGCAUUGCUUGGUCAUGGAAGGAAACUGUGUUAGAGUCUGGGACAUCAGGUCGCUACACGGUGGAGACAGUCAGCACAGAGGAAGGAGUGAUCUCCACGCUGACCAUGAGCAACAUCGUCCCUGCCGACUUCCAGACCAUCUACAACUGCACCGCGUGGAACAGUUUUGGCUCCGACACCGAGAUUAUACGCCUCAAGGAACAAGGUGGGAGCCAAGAGUCCCUGCCGGUGGCAGUGAUCAUUGGCGUGGCUGUUGGAGCCUUUGUGGCCUUCAUCGUCCUCAUGGGCACCAUCGGCGCAUUCUGCUGCACCCGCUCCCAGAGAAAAGACGCGCACCUGGUUAUGCCCUCACUGCCCGUCUCCAUCUGUGCUCACCAGAGAGAACUUGCAAGCAAAAUUAAGACAGAAAAUCUAAAAGGAGUCGUGUCGGCAAAAAACGACAUCCGGGUGGAGAUUGUACAUAAAGACCACAAUGCAGCGCGAGAAAACGAAGAGCACGCUUCCAUGAAACAACUGAUGGUGAGUGUUGAACGUGGAGAGUUCCAGCAGGAAUCUGUUCUGAAGCAGCUGGAAGUAUUACAGGAGGAAGAGAAGGAAUAUCAGCACAUUAAGGACCCAACAAAUGGCUACUACAGUGUCAAUACAUUUAAGGAGCACCACACCCCCACCAUGGCAGGGAAUCAGUCUACCGAGGUUAGGAACCCAACAAACACUGGUACUCUGGGCAAGCAGCGGGUACCAACAGGCAUGUCCUUCACCAACAUCUACUCCACCCUGGGUGCGGGCCCCAACCGCCUCUACGACUACAGCCAGCGCUUUGUGCUGGGCAUGGGCAGCAGCUCCAUCGAGCUGUGCGAGCGGGAAUUCCAGCGGGGCUCACUCAGCGACUCCAGCUCCUUUAUCGACACGCAGUGCGACAGCAGCGUCAGCAGCUACAGCAAGCAGGACGGCUACGUGCAGUUCGACAAAGACAGCAAGGCAUCCGCCUCCUCCUCCUCUCACUAUUCUCAGUCCUCGUCUCAAAACUCAGACCUCACUCGACCCCUGCAGAAGCGCAUGCAGACCCACGUCUGACCGCUAGGGGGCAGGGUGUUCGACGAGGAACAGCCAACCAGGAGCCUCAAAGUAGGACAUAUUGCUUAGCAUCAUUAUGUUUCUUCUGGAAGCUUGGGAAUGCAGUCGCUGGCUGACUUUAUUUCAACAAUUGAUUUGUUCAGACUUCUCUAUGUCCCUACAAGUGGAUCAAGAAGCCUUAUACUUCCCUCAUUAACUAAUCAACCACUUCCUUUUUUAACCCAUAAUCAGAAUUGUGCCACAGAGAGGUUAUUUGCCAACACAGACGCAAGUUUGGAAUUUGAACAUUUAAUAUUCGGUUGCUGCAUCGGGAUUAUCAGAAGAUCAGAGGAAUGCCACGAGGCCAUGUGUGACAAUCAACUCCUCUGGCAGAGACAUUUUUUUUGCCUUUUAGAUUGUCGUUCAGAAAACUGAUAUUGCUGUUAAAGAGUGUUGAAGCACUCCUAACAGCAUGAGUACGAGUGCGAGCCAAUAUCCUGCUGCUCUGUUGUAGUUUUAAGCACAAAAAUAAAUGUGCACGCGUGUUCGUGAUUAAAGCUUUUCCUCUCCCCUCUCUCCACACACACUGUAUGUUAAGCUUGGCUUAUCGAACCUUGUCUCCUGUGUAGGUGGAAUUAAACUUUCUACAUGUGCCCACUGAUUUCCCGAACAAUUAAAAGGGAUGCCUGUUUCCUCUUUAUGGCAGCAUCUGGGCCACAGAGCUGAGCAGAUAAGAGGGGCUGAUCUCAUCGUAGGGCCCUGAGUCAUUAUUUUACAGUUUGUCAUUCUGAGAUAAAAGAGUAUCAGUGUAUAUUAUGCAUCUGUAAUUUCUUUUUUCUUUUCUAGCAUCCUAAUUUGUGACUUUGAUUUCACUCAUGUUGAGGACUCCAAAUGAGAAAUGAGAGCCUCUUCUUUCCCCACUAUCACAUCUCCUUUGCCUUGAGGGUGUGUUUGAACUGCAUCAAUACAAACUUUGACUAAGGGAGAUAGACAUACAGUAUGAGCUCUUCCUUUGAUGGGGAGCAGCAGCCUCCAUGGUGCUGCUGUAUAAAAGGGCACUUUGCCAGCUCCAAGACAUGGGGUAGGAAAACCCACAAACCCCAACAUGUGGUGUUGUACAUGGAUCAUCAGCCAUGUUCCUUAGGGUAUGUAAUGUAAAAAUUAUACUUUGGUUGAGUUUCUCAUCGUGAGGCUAUCCUAUUGUUGUCAAUACCACUGUUGACACUGGAGCUUAGCACAUCCUGACUGUAUACCUUACUGUGAUCGUGCUGCUCAUCAAGAGACAUGAGAAGCAAAUAAGAAAAUGUAUAUUUUUUUGUUUGUUUCUGCUGUUCAUUUGGCUACUAUGGAGAUGAUGUUUCAUGCUGACUCUUUUGGGUGAGUUUUUACUUUGUUUUGUACUGUACUUGACAUGUAUUGAAUUGGAUUUAUUAUUUAAUCACUGACACUGUAUUUGUUUUAGUUGAGAGUAGAGACACAGGAACAAGUAACUGAACUAGUUGCCGCAUAAACACUCAUAUGUUACAUGAAGUGUCAAAGGGAGCCUGCCAUCAAGGCUUUUCCUAGUCAUACACAUUGCAUGUCUUGUGUUAAAACACAGAGUAAUGACACUGGAGAUGUGCCAAUGCAGCACAUAAGGCUGUAUGCUGUGAUAGUACCACUGCAGGUUUGUUGUGAAUGGCCUGAUUAAGUGCAUAGGGCAGAUACUGCAAAAAAAAAAAAAAAAAGAAAAAAAGCGUUUGAUCUCUACUUUUGCCUGGAUAUUACUACAUGCUGUCGAGGUGAAUUUGGAUUUAACACCAAAUAAGAUGCUAGUUAAACUAAGUUAUAUUAAAGGCUCGUGAUCAGAGCCAAUUGUUGUUGUUUUUUUUUUUGAAUUUGUAAAGAAGCAGGCUCGGAUUGAUAAGGGCUACCCUUUAAGCAUCUGUCACUUAUGUAAUGUGUCUGCAAUCCGGUGACAACAACGUCCUAUGUUACAUCACAUAGCCAUCACGAGCUUAUGAAAGCCUUUCAGAUGUCUGUGGGCUUUCAAGGUCUGUCCCAACCGUGCUUUAUGGAAUCAGCUUGGUCUCUAUUUGAUAAAUUCUUUGAAGGGUAAAGAUUAGUUCCUGUAAAAAUAAAAUAAAAUAAAAUAAAAUGACAGAAUUGUACUGUAAGACAUUACUGGCAGAGCAACUCACACUUACGAUGUCAUCUCUAAUUUGUCAAUCAGGAACAUAACAGAACAACUCUCAUCUCUUCCUUGAUGGCUCAUCAGAUCAGGUAGUCUUUCAUUGUCUUAGGUAGUGCAGCAGUCAAAUGGAACGAUGUGAGCCUGAAACUUUAUGACACAAUAUGCCUUUCAGCCCAUGAAAAACCAAGCACGGCAUUUUCAACAAAAGCAAGUUGUUGCUGUAAGCACUUUACAUAUGAUUAUAUUCAAGGCAUUUGAAUGGGGUUUUCCACUUGAGUGGCAGUGGUUUGGACUCUAAUUUUACAAAUGGAUUGGCGCCCAUUGUACAGCUUAAGACAAAAAGCUCUGUUUCAACGCUGAUAAUCCAGCUUGGCACUUAGCACACUGUAUAUAAAUCUCUAAUGCUGUCUUUUUCUGUAUAUAAUUUUUGCCGGCUUUUCUUUCUUUCCCAGUCAGUUUUCACUAUAUUAGAGCUGAACAAAUCCCUGUGGCAUCUAUAUUGUACAGACAGACAAUCAUUUUUUUUUCCUCUUCAAAAUUUUCAUCAACUUACCCCAAGCAAGCUUGUCUUUUACAAAUGAGUGAUUUGCGUGAGCAGUUUUCUCCUCCUCCAGAUUCCAAUCAAAACUGUCUCACUGUACAGAUCGGGCACACAACAGACUAUAGGAUGUAAAGUUGUAAAGCUUAGGUGUGACAGCUUUGAAGUGCAGUGCAAAAAGGGAUUUUAUUUCAACCCCUGCUCAGAGACACACAGCAAAAUAGCACAUAAUUUGAUCACUGGUCUCUUAAAACUCUUUUCUUUUUUUUUUGUUUUUUUGUUUUUUUGUUUUUAACAGCUUACUGCUAUUUGCAUGUUUACACAGGAACUCACUUUGUGAAUAUUGACUGCAAGCUACUCGAAAAUUAAUUCAGUAAUGGCCAUCAAACUUUUCAGCCACACUUGCUACCUUAAAAGUAUUAUGGUGACAACAAAAUAUAAUUGUGUCACUAACAUAAAAGGAUGAAGCACCAAUGACUGGUAUAUAAAAAUCUGAUAUAUUUUCACAAUUUUCCUGCUCAGACCUGAGCAGUACAUCUUACUGGGACAAAAUAGAUUUUGUAUAUAUUAAAUUUGUUACUAUAGCCUAACACUCUACACAAAUGUUCCAGGAGUGUCAGAAGUCAAGUAUGUUCACUAUUUGAAAAUGCCAAAAUGCACGAUGUCAUGUGUCUUUCCCUGAAAACAGAUCUGAUGAAUUUGCUUUCCUUUUGAAAGCCCUUGGGUCCAAUAUUUCUUAUCUGAUGCAACUCCUGCACUGAUCCAAACAUAAUGCAUUUCCCCAGUCUGGAGAAUCUGCACACUGCAGAGCAAACAGAUAAAUAUUUGAUGUGCUAGCAUUCUGUCGCAAAACCCCCACAUGGUAACUGCUACAGUGGGCAUGUGUGUUCCACAGGGUGCUAGUGCCAUGUCCGUCACAUAGGGCUUACUUUGGGAAUCAAAGCCCAUGUGGGGAACAGUCUGCCCUGCUCACCUGUGGACGCCUCUCGGCUGGCACCAGCUGCUCCUGUUUGCCUGGCUACAAGCACAGUACUGUUGCCAGGGCCAAACAGAUGAAUAAACACAAAGACCCCGAACAAUUACAAGGGGGUGCUGCCCUUCUCUGAUAAAACAGAGCAACCCUUUCAAAGCAGCGGAUGCAGCAUAGUCUAUUAUUCAGCAAUGCUGAAGACUGGCCCACAGUACACUGGCUAAGGGCAUUUCUGGAGUGAGAAAAAGAUGUAAGGGGCGUGAAGCCCAAGAGUGGUUGGUAGUUUGUAAUAGUUUCUGUGCCCACUGGAUAUAGAAUAUUUGUUUGCUGCGCAAAACUUUUUGUUUGGACAGAAUGAAUUGAACAAAAAAAGCGGAUGAAGAAAAAUAAUCUAACAUGCUAAGCAUUCACACUGUCAGUAUCAUGCUCAUGCCUGCAAAGGGUGGUUUACAUAAGGCUAUUUAAAGUCUCCCUCACUGUAUGAUAGGUUUUACUGUCAGUGAUGGUACACAUUGGAGAUGGUGGCAUUUGAAACAUUAAUAGGAAUCGAUCACAAUAGUCCUUUGAUUACUGUGUAAAUGCUUUCAACCUCUCUCUCUCUCUCUCUCUUUUCUUUUCUACCAAUCAAUAUCUCGUUAGUACUUUAAUAACACACUACUGUAGGAAAAAGAAAAAAAAAGCAGACCUGGACUAACUAGUUUUUGCAAAUAAAUAAUUCUUAGUAUUUGUUUUAACCUGCUAGGUGUACCAGGAUCAAAGAAAAUGUUUGAAAGUCGGUAUAGUUUACUGUUCAGAUGUGAUCAGUCCAAUCUGGUGCUCCAAAUAGGUUAAGGAUAGGAUAAGAUAAUUUGCAAAUACCACAUGAACCAGGUCUGGGAAAAAGUACCUAACUUACGGACAUUUCAGAAGUUGCUAUGAAUAGUGAACCAUACGCAUAACUGUAAUGUAAAGACAAAAUGUACAUUUUAUCGGGUAAACCACUAUUUUCAGGCAGUGGCCCUCUGUAUCUAAGAAAAAACAAAGAAAAAAAAGUUGUAUUUUACCUGUAUUGGUCUGUGAAUCUAUGAUGCUUUUGCUCUGUAUAUUUGGAGAAUAAAAAUAAUGUUUGACUUUG